AUGGCAGAGAUCUCUGGUCCGCCCACUACUGGCGUUAAACUAGACAACGAGGGCGAUUGGCACCUAUGGCUAUCAGCUAUCAAGAAUAUUGCCCUCGAAGCACAGAUCUGGCAGUAUAUCAAUCCCCGACUGCCGACUGAACCACUAGAGCCUACUGAGCCAAUAAAACCGACGGCCGAGCAGAUCACUGGCGACCCUACAGCAACGGUUCAUUCGCUUAGUCAAGCUAAUCUAUCGCGUUAUUCAACGCUACUCACAAUAUAUCAGACCGAGCGUGCCGAAUAUCAAACGUUCUUACGAGCCCGCCAGCGAAUCAUCAACGUGAUCUACGCAAGUGUGACCCGAUCGAAUCAACACUAUCUCGCCGGCCUACACACGCCCUAUCAGCAGCUUCGAAAGCUUCGGACGAUCUUCGCCCCGUCACCCCGGCUCUAUACACAGCGACUUCGUAUGAUCUGGCGAAGUCAUCUUGAUUCAGCCAAGAAUAAGUCGAGUAAUAAGCAAGCGUGGCUUACACGAAUCGAGGCCCUCUAUAACGAAUGCGUUAAUGCGAACGUUCCGGAGGUUCUUAAUACGGAUGCGUUGCUAUACGAUUUCUUGACGGCAAUUCGUAUCGCUGGAUAUGAAAACUUCUUCCAGACCUGGUUUCAACAGAUCUUUGUGAAUAACCAGGAUAUCGAUUUCUACCGCCUCGUUCAUCACUUUCGUGAGGCUCAACGGGUAGAGGCUACUCAGUCAAAUGCCUCUGGUAUUGCCUUUGCUGCUACGUUAAACGGUCAAUCAACCCAAUAUCCUCGCAAUCCUUGUGUGUGUGGUGGCAACCACUCAUAUAAGCGGUGCUACUAUCUUAACCCUACGACUCGCCCUGCUGGCUGGCAACCACGGCCAGAAACAAUAGCUAGUAUCAACAAUAUCCUUGCUAAAGAUUCUACUCUGGUUGAGCGAAUCAGAAAGGUUUUGCCAAACCUCAAGGGCCCUGCCUUUGUAGCGUUUACUGAUAUUGAUAUCGCCACUGAGACCAUCACUUUUUAA